AUGACCAUGAGCUCGUUUUUGAUAAACUCCAACUACAUCGAGCCCAAGUUCCCUCCCUUCGAGGAGUACGCGCAGCACAGCGGCCCGGGCGGCGGAGAUGGCGGCCCGGGCGGGGGCCCCGGCUACCCGCCCCAGUGCGAGCAGAAGCCGGCUGAACACACCAAGGGCCCCGUCCACGACUCGUACGUGAACCAUGCCCAGCAGUCCGGGAGCCAGCCCCAGCCGCCGCCUGCCCCGCAGCCUCGCGGGGCGCCCCCUGAUCCUCCGCGGCGCUGCGAGGCGGCCACGACCACCCCGGGCGUCCCGGCAGGGGGCAGCGCCCCCGCGUGCCCGCUGCUCCUGGCCGACAAGAGCGCGCUGGGCCUGAAGGGCAAGGAGCCCGUGGUGUACCCCUGGAUGAAGAAGAUCCAUGUCAGCGCCGUCAACCCCAGUUAUAACGGAGGGGAGCCUAAACGCUCCCGAACCGCCUACACCCGGCAGCAGGGCUUGGAGCUGGAGAAGGAGUUCCACUUCAACCGCUACCUGACCCGGCGCCGCCGCAUCGAGAUCGCGCACACGCUCUGCUUGUCUGAGCGCCAGGUCAAGAUCUGGUUUCAGAACCGGAGGAUGAAGUGGAAGAAAGAUCACAAACUGCCCAACACCAAGAUGCGAUCCUCCAACUCGGCCUCAGCUUCGGCCGGCCCGCCAGGGAAAGCACAAACACAGAGUCCGCACCCCCAUUCCCAUUCCCACCCCCACCCGGGCACCUCCACACCCGUUCCCUCCUCCAUAUAAUCUUCUAGAGACCUAGAUCUGUUUCUGUCCCUUACCUGCUUUUCUCCUCUCUUUUCCUGCCCCUUUCCUCCUUCACCCUUCCCUCUCUGGACCAUAAUAAACACCAAAACAAACCCAACUUGGUGAAAAGGAUAACCAAAAAGAAGACAUUAUCCGGGUAAGAGUGUGUGCUGGUUGCCACCCCAGCGAGGACUGUUGUCCAGGAUGCUGGCUGGUGGAACAACCUGCUGGCCUGAACAAGGCUGCUAGAUUUGGAUACCUGAGAAAGACUACUUGGUAUCAAAUACUUUUGAGAUGGCUAAAGUCAGCUGCACAGCCCAUGCUGACUGGGGACAUGUACGUGUAUAUUUGUUGCAAGCAGAAAAAUAUAGACCCUUUCCCCACCGUCCUUGCCUCCUCCUCUUCCCCCAUUAAGGCAGCUCAACCAAGCUUGUAUUGAACUGAAUAAAUGAGUAGACAUUGUGGACCUCACAAGAUUAUUUAAUGCUUAAAAUGUGUAGACCUUGAUGGUAGGUGUGACAUGUUAGUUUCCCUUCCUUGCAUUUAUUUAAGAUACUGUUAUAGUUAUUGUUGUCCUAUUCUGGGGCACAAUCUUGGGGGAGAGGGGAGUGCAUUUAGACCUAUGUGGAACUGUACAAAUUGUGAUGUGGCUGUAUAGAAAGCCAUGUACAAAGAAUAAACUCCACUUUAAAGACACAUUAAAAAUGUAA